AUGCAGCGCUCGGAGAGGAGGCAGUUGUUAGCAGACAGCACGAAUCAAACAAUGAGUGCAAGACAAACGUUUAAGUUGCCGACGGUGUGGGAGGGGAAGCCGGUGGCGGUUAUACGCCCAUUCAACAGAAUACAUCCUGAAGAAGAAAAUUGGGACGACCCAACGCAUAUGGACACCACACCGCCGCAUCAACCAUCUGAGUCCAGAACACCUAUGAACACCACACCGCAGCAUCCUCCAUCUGGGUCCCGAACACCCAUGGACACCACACCGGUUAGCCGAUAUGGAGUCAGGAAUCCGUCGCCGGAAGUGGCAGUGGAAGAGAAUUGGGAUGAUGAAGCAGGUUCUAAUUCGGAUCAGUUGAUUCAGGUGCCCAUGCAGAGAAGUAACGUAUACCUCCAGGCAUGGGUCGUGGUGCGAGACUAA